AUGGCGUGCCAUGGAUUUCUCGGGAAACCAACCCCGAGAUCACAUGGACGUCAUAAUCAUGAAAGGAGAAACCGCCAUGAACAUCAUCAUCAUCAUCAAUCCAGAUGUUCGGCUGCAGCCGUGGCAGCAGCUGGCUCCAUCUUCACAUCCCUCAACAUGUCAAUCUUCACAUUCCACAGCCGCCUCUUGCGUUGCGUCUCCAAGUUUUUCCGUGUAGCCACCACCAAAGCUAGCGCUACUCCUAGCCAUCGAGCCACCAUGAAACAAGGCUACAAAAAGCUCAAGAAACACGAGCAGCAGCAUCAGCCUACCUGGAGAAAACGUAAUGACAAGAAAAGGACCAUCUUUCUUGAUCUCGAUGAAACAUUGGUGCACUCAUCGAUGGAACCACCAGUCAGGGUUGAUGUCGAUUUCAUGGUUAGGAUAAAGAUCGAAGGUAUGGUUAUACCGAUGUUUGUGGUGAAACGACCAGGAGUUACCGAGUUUCUUGACAGGAUCGGUAAGAACUAUCGAGUGGCGGUUUUCACAGCCGGUUUGGCUGAAUACGCUUCGCAGGUUUUGGAUAAACUUGACAAGAACCGUGUGAUCUCACAGAGGCUAUAUAGAGAUUCAUGCACAGAGAUGAGUGGAAGAUAUGCCAAAGACUUAUCUUUGGUUGCGAGGACAGACCUCGGGAGUGUUUUGCUAGUUGACGAUAACCCUUUCUCCUACUCGUUGCAGCCUGAAAAUGGAGUUCCCAUUAAGCCUUUUGUGGAUGACAUGGAAGAUCAAGAACUGAUGAAGCUUGCAGAAUUCUUCGAUGAAUGUUAUCAUUACGAAGAUUUAAGGGAUGCAGCAUCAGAGUUUCUAUCCAACAACUGA